CAGGUUUUGUAGGGCUUUCCUGAGCAUGAGUUCAGAAUGAAGCGGCGAUUGGAUGAACAGGAGUCACCGGUCUAUGCGUCGCAGCAGAGACGUAUCGCCAGCAACCCGGAGCCUUUCCAACACCAGCAUCGCGUGCUCGCUCCAGCGCCUCCUGUAUAUGAGUCUGUUUCGGAGACCAUGCAGUCCGCUACUGGAAUCCAGUACUCUGUAACUCCCAGCUACCAGGUGUCAACGGUGCCACAGAGCUCUAGCAGUCAUGGGCCCGCGCUAGCCACUGUCCACAGCGGGCAUCAUCACGCUGCCCCAGUCCAGCCCCAUGGAAGCCAGGUGGUGCAGGGUCAUGCCCAUCCAACACCUCCAGCAGCGCCAGUGCAGGGGCAGCAGCAGUUCCAAAGGCUUAAGGUGGAGGAUGCCCUCUCCUACCUUGACCAGGUGAAACUGCAGUUUGGUAGCCAGCCUCAAGUCUACAACGACUUCUUGGAUAUCAUGAAGGAGUUCAAAUCUCAAAGCAUCGACACUCCAGGCGUGAUCAGCCGUGUGUCUCAGCUGUUCAAGGGCCACCCAGACCUGAUCAUGGGCUUCAACACCUUCCUGCCUCCCGGCUACAAGAUCGAAGUGCAGACCAACGACAUGGUGAAUGUGACCACCCCAGGGCAGGUUCACCAGAUCCCCACUCACGGCCUCCAGCCCCAGCCGCCGCCUCAGCCACCGCAUCCCUCCCAGCCUUCAGCGCAGUCGGCCCCGACUCCCGCCCAGCCGACCCCGCAGCCUCCCCCUGCCAAGAUCAGUAAGCCGUCCCAGCUGCAAGCUCAUACGCCAACCAGCCAGCAGACUCCUCCGCUUCCCUACGCCUCGCCUCGCUCCCCACCGGUGCAGCCCCACACGCCUGUGACAAUCUCCAUCGGGACCACGCCGUCCCUCCAGAAUAACCAGCCCGUUGAGUUCAAUCACGCCAUCAACUACGUCAACAAGAUCAAGAAUCGGUUCCAAGGGCAGCCGGACAUUUACAAGGCUUUCCUGGAGAUCCUCCACACUUACCAGAAAGAGCAGCGGAAUGCCAAGGAAGCAGGCGGCAACUACACGCCGGCUCUGACCGAGCAGGAGGUGUAUGCCCAGGUGGCCCGCCUAUUCAAGAACCAGGAGGAUCUGCUUUCGGAAUUUGGGCAGUUCUUGCCGGACGCAAACAGCUCCGUGUUGCUGAGCAAAACCACUGCAGAGAAAGUGGAGUCUGUGAGGAAUGACCACGGGGGCACGGUGAAGAAGCCCCAACUCAACAGCAAGCAGCAGAGACCUAACCAGAACGGCUGCCAGAUCCGGCGGCAUGCCACCCCUGGAACGACCCCUCCAGUAAAGAAAAAACCAAAGCUGCUUAAUUUGAAGGACCAGUCCUUGGCAGACGCCAGCAAGCAUGGUGUGGGGACCGAGUCUUUGUUCUUCGACAAGGUGCGCAAGGCUCUCCGCAGCACAGAAGCGUACGAGAAUUUUCUCCGUUGUCUGGUCAUUUUUAAUCAGGAGGUGAUAUCCCGAGCCGAGCUGGUACAGCUGGUUUCUCCGUUUUUGGGGAAGUUCCCAGAGCUGUUCACUUGGUUUAAGAACUUCCUGGGCUACAAAGAAUCUGCACACCUGGAGCCCUUUCCGAAGGAACGGGCGACGGAAGGGAUAGCUAUGGAGAUAGACUACGCCUCUUGCAAGAGGCUGGGCUCCAGCUACCGAGCCUUGCCAAAAAGCUACCAACAGCCCAAGUGUACCGGUCGGACUCCGUUGUGUAAGGAGGUUCUGAAUGACACCUGGGUCUCCUUCCCUUCAUGGUCUGAGGAUUCCACCUUUGUGAGCUCCAAGAAGACCCAGUACGAAGAGCACAUCUACCGAUGUGAGGACGAACGAUUCGAGCUGGACGUCGUUUUGGAGACCAACCUGGCGACCAUCAGAGUCCUCGAGACGAUACAGAAGAAACUCUCCCGCUUAUCGGCGGAGGAGCAGGCCAAAUUCCGGCUGGACAAUACAUUGGGGGGCUCUUCGGAGGUUAUUCACCGCAAGGCGUUGCAGAGGAUAUAUGCCGAUAAGGCAGCCGAUAUUAUCGACGGGCUUAGGAAGAAUCCAGCUGUUGCAGUCCCUAUCGUGUUGAAAAGGUUAAAAAUGAAAGAGGAGGAAUGGCGAGAAGCCCAGAGGGGUUUCAACAAAGUGUGGCGGGAACAGAACGAAAAGUACUACCUGAAAUCCCUCGACCACCAAGGGAUCAACUUCAAGCAGAACGACACCAAGGUCUUAAGAUCGAAGAGCCUGCUCAGCGAGAUCGAAAGUAUUUACGACGAGAGGCAGGAGCAGACGUCUGAAGACAACACCGGCCCUCACCUGUCACUGGCCUACGAGGACAAGCAGAUCCUGGACGAUGCCGCCUCUCUGAUCAUCCACCACGUCAAGCGGCAGACGGGCAUCCAGAAGGAGGACAAGUACAAGAUUAAGCAGAUCAUGUACCACUUCAUCCCUGACCUGCUCUUUGCUCAGCGGGGCGAGCUGUCCGAUGUGGAGGAGGAGGAAGAGGAGGAGAUGGACGUGGACGAGGGCUCCGGGGCCGUGAAGAAGCACAACGGCGUCGGGGGCAGCCCCCCCAAGGCCAAGUUGCUCUUCAGUAGCAUGGCCGCCCAGAAGCUGCGCGGGAUGGAUGACGUCUACAACCUCUUCUGCGUCAACAACAACUGGUACAUCUUCCUGCGGCUCCACCAGAUCCUGUGCUUGCGGCUGCUGCGGAUAUACUCCCAGGCCGAGCGGCAGAUCGAAGAGGAGAACCGGGAAAGGGAGUGGGAGCGGGAAGUGCUGGGAGUCAAGCGAGACAAGAGCGACAGCCCGGCCAUCCACUUGCGGUUGAAGGAACCCAUGGAUAUCGAUGUGGAAGACUACUACCCUGCUUUCCUGGAGAUGGUGCGGAACCUGCUGGACGGUAACAUGGACUCUUCUCAGUAUGAGGAUUCUCUUCGGGAGAUGUUCACCAUCCAUGCCUACAUUGCCUUCACCAUGGACAAGCUGAUUCAAAGCAUUGUUCGACAGCUUCAGCACAUAGUGAGCGACGAGAUCUGCGUGCAGGUGACGGAGCUCUACCUGUCGGAGAACGCCAACGGAGCCACGGGGGGCCUUUUGUCCUCGCAGUCCUCUCGUUCCCUGGUGGAGAUGGCCUACCAGCGCAAAGCUGAGCACCUCAUGCAAGACGAGAACUGUUUCAAGCUGAUGUUCAUCCAGAGCAGAGGCCAGGUUCAGCUAACCAUCGAGCUGCUGGACACAGAAGAAGAGAACUCAGAUGACCCCGUCGAAGCCGAGCGUUGGACUGACUACGUCGAUCGGUAUGUCAAUUCCGAUUCUACCUCGCCUGAACUGCGGGAACAACUGGCCCAGAAACCAGUAUUUCUGCCCAGGAACCUGAGGCGGAUCCGCAAGUGCCAGCGAGGCCGGGAGCAGCAGGAGAAGGAAGGGAACAGUAAGAAGCCCUUGGACAAUGUGGAGAGCUUAGACAAGCUGGAGUGUAAAUUUAAGCUCAACUCCUAUAAGAUGGUGUAUGUGAUCAAAUCGGAGGAUUACAUGUACCGGAGGACCGCCCUGCUGCGCGCUCAUCAGUCCCACGAAAGGGUGAGCAAGAGACUGCACCAGAGGUUCCAGGCCUGGGUGGACGCGUGGACCAAGGAGCACGUGACCCGGGAAAUGGCCGCCGAAACCAGCAAGUGGCUGAUGGGCGAAGGGCUGGAAGGCCUGGUCCCAUGCACCACCACCUGCGACGCGGAAGACCUGCACUUUGUCAGCAUCAACAAGUACCGCGUCAAAUACGGCACAACAUUCAAGACGCCCUAA